UGUAUUAUAAACAAAGUUUGCGCGAAGAAAGCAACAAAUGAUCUCUUUUGCUAAGAAUUUAUCAGUUGAGUCGAAGAUUGCGUCCCACAAGGCAGGAGUUUGGUUCACCGUAUAAAUAUCAAUCACGAUGUAUUAGCCUCAGAUACUAAAUGAUAUUCCUUGCAAAAUGUUGUCAGUGUAUCUAUGUUUUGUUGUCUACUGCCUUCGCGUGUGCAGUUCUGAGGAGGACGUUAUAAGACAGACGACCUACGGAAAGGUCCGCGGUUUUGUUACCGAGCGCAUCCCCGGUAAAAGGAUUUACACUUUUCUGGGAAUUCCGUACGCUUCGCCACCCGUAAAGGAACUUCGAUUUGAGAGACCAGUUCCUCCCACUCCAUGGAAAAAUGUACUCAGGGCUUUCACGUUACCACCGGCCUGCAUCCAAUACGACAACAUGAUGUACAUCUUGGAGCAUUUUCCUGGCUUUUACAACAACAGCGAAGAUUGUCUGUACAUAAAUAUUUAUGUACCUGAGGUAGAGAGUAACAGAAUCAAGAAUACAUCCGUGUUGGUGUUCAUGCAUGGAGGAUCGAAUCGUGUUGGUAUGGGGUCUAUGCUGGAGGGAGACAUCCUGGCGGGGCACGGGGAGAUCAUUGUCGUGACAUUUAACUACAGAUUGGGGAUUUAUGGUUUCGUUGCUGCCAAGGAUGAAGGAUUGGAGGGAACUUAUGGUUUCCUUGAUCAGGUAGAAGUGUUGAAAUGGGUGAAGGCAAACAUUGGAGAAUUUGGAGGAAAUUCGGAGAAAACAACCAUUUAUGGCCACAGUGCGGGGGCAGCAGACGUUGGGUUUCAUGCUAUCUCGCCAUUGUCUAAAGGUCUGUUUCAGCAAGUGAUAGUCCACAGUGGGUCCCCCUUGGCCUUUUGGGCAACAACAGAUCCACAUUGGCCACAGGGGUAUAAUAUUGACCCCUCGUGUGAAAAACUAGGAGGCUGUAAUAAAAAAACUUACAAAGAACAACUGAAAUCUCUAAACAUUGAAAAACUUAACGAAAUGAAAGGAAUGGAUACACCGCGAGAUUUAAUCACAUUUCCAGCCGUGAUUGACGGUGAAUUCUUAAGAGGAAGACCCAGUGAAACUUACAGCUAUCAGCUGAAUGUUGAUCAGUUCCUCUUAGCUUUCGCCAGAGAUGAGGGGUUUCCUGUAACUAAAGAUGCUAGCCGGAAUAUUUUCAAAACUUUUACAAGAGAAGACUUGAAAAAGGUACUGAAUUACUACAGCCCAGUGUAUAGACACAUCAAGAAUUUCACAGAAAUGGUUGCCAAUGAAUACAAAGAAUAUGGAGACUUGUCGCCUUAUAAUCAACUCCAUAGGGUUGAUGCUGAUAUGAUAUUUUAUGCCCCCAUGUUUCGGUUAGCGGAUCUGAUCUGUCGGUAUAUGAAAGAUCUGUAUCUCCUAAGCUUUGAUCACGUGUCUGCCUAUUCGCCUCACCCCGAUUGGCAAGGAGUUCCUCACGGAGUGGAUCUGUUUUAUGUGUUUGGUGUACCACUGGUCGGCCAUCAAAGAUAUCAGUACGACGAACUAGACAAAGAAGCUAGCAGAAAGGUGAUGACGAUCUGGAGCGAUUUUAUCAAGGGAAAAAAUCUUGAAUUGUCACCAUACCAAGAGAAUAACAAACAAUACUCCCGUCUUGUGUCAAGAAACAAUGAAAUAAUGAUACAGACGGAUAAUUCUUUUCGGCCAAGGAAAAUGCACUUUUGGAAUACUGUAAUGCCGACCAUCAAUAACAGCAGCACUCAAAGAGCGAACGAAGUGAAAAUGAACUCGUCGAGUGUAUCCUGUGUUAACUGCUUUAUUAUUUUCAUAUCUUGUACAAUGACGUUUGUUUUCUCUGUUUGAUAAUUUAUAUCCAUAUAUCUGUGAUUAGUUUGAUUUCUUUUGAUUAUGAAGGAAAGAAAUAUACUUCUUUCACAGAUGCUGCAAAAACUAUGAAUUAUAGCGGGACCUUGGCGCCGCAUCGGAGUUCUGGUUUUUUGUUAUUUUGUUUUUAAUAUCACAUCUCAUUCUUCAGGAAACAAUGGGAUGGUUCUCUGAAGGUCAUAAGUUUCAUAAUGGCACAUAUGUUUUUAAAUGAACUGUAAUAUAUUUCAGUAAUGUAUGAAUUUAUUUAUGUAUAUUUUUGUAUAUGAUGUAUGAUACAAGUUUUAAGACAUUAUGUAUAUUUUGCAGAUAUUGUGAUAUACCAAGAAGCUUAUUUAAUAUUCUCUAAACGAUAAAUAAAAACCAUUCUUUUCAAGCACCUGUAGCUAUGAACUCAAAUUUGAUUUCAGUCUCUAGAGAUCUAUAUUGCAAAUUAGAAAUUUUUUGUUGAUACCAAUAAACCUUACGAAAACCUCAGUACAGAAUAUUUAUAUGUAGAUAUAUUUUCAUUGAACUAUCUUUCCUGAAAUUACAGUUAUAUGACAUGAGAGAGACAUAAUUUGCGUAGUAGAUAGAUUAGUUUACUGGGUCUCAAUUUUCUAACACGAGUUCCAGAUUACAUAUAUACUAUAUGUGUUGAUGUCAACUUUCCACCUGCAAAUAACAAAUUAUUGACAUUCGCCAAAUGGAAAUAUAAGCAGAUUUUCAAUUGUAUUUUUGGAUACAUGAUCAUCGUUUUAUGAAAAAUAAAUGCAGUGUAAAUAGUUGUAGUCUACAAAUAAAUGGAAAUAUUUUUUC